AUGAAGUGUAGUACUUUGUUGUUAUCUUUGGCUUUAGCUUUAGAUUCCGUUUCUGCACGCGAAGGGUGCGAUAAGAAAUUGAGAGAGUCCUCUCAUAAGGAGAAAGAGUUCAACCUAACUCGUGAAUACGCUGCUGAGGUUGCUAGAGGUGUUGUUAAGUAUGGUGACUUGGUUCAUGUUUCUACUUUGAAGGAUGGAAAGACUCCGGUGACUUUCCCAGAAUACUAUGUAUCUUCUGAUUUAUGUGAGGGUGUGAAUUCCACAGGUAACCCAAUCUUGGUCUUGAUGAACGUUUCCUCCACUUUGAGAAACUAUCAGGAUAACGGCAAGCUUUCUAUUACCGUGGAGGACAGAAGGCCCAGACAUCACGCUAUGAGUUCUCCUCGUGCCAAUCUUUUCGGUUCGUUGAAGAAACUUGAAACGACCAAGGCUUUGAGAGACUGUUACGGUAAAAGACACCCAGAUGCCAUCCCAUGGUUACCUGGUGAAGAAAGUUUGGUCCAUGAUGGUGCAUUCUACGAAUUUGAAGUGGAAGAUCUAUACUACGUUGGUGGAUACGGUUUCCAAGCUUACAUUGGAGAUAUCGAUGGUGAAUUGUAUCACGAAUCUGAACCAUUGAAGUUGAAAUGGGGUAAGAAGCACCACAAGGGACAUAAGGAAGAUAGGGAACACGAUGACAAGGGUGAUGACGAGAAGAAGCAACCUAAGGAUGAGAAGAAGCAACCUAAGGAUGAGAAGAAACAUUCUAAGGACGAGAAGAAGCAUUCUAAGGAUGAGAAGAAGCAACCUAAGGAUGAGAAGAAGCAACCUAAGGAUGAGAAGAAACAUUCUAAGGACGAGAAGAAGCAACCUAAGGAUGAGAAGAAGCAACCUAAGGAUGAGAAGAAACAUUCUAAGGACGAGAAGAAACAUUCUAAGGACGAGAAGAAACAUUCUAAGGACGAGAAGAAGCAACCUAAGGAUGAGAAGAAACAUUCUAAGGACGAGAAGAAGCAUUCUAAGGACGAGAAGAAGCAUUCUAAGGACGAGAAGAAGCAUUCUAAGGACGAGAAGAAACAUUCUAAAGAUGAAAAGAAACAUUCUAAGGAUGAGGAGAAACACGCUAAGUCAGAAAACAGCCAGAAAGGUAGUCAGAGACAUAGCGGUGAACAGCAUCCUUUCGCUAAUGAAGACUCCUCCGAACAUGAAAAUGAAAAAUUCAACUUCGAUGAAUCUUGGGAAUCUGCUAAAUCUAUUAUCUCUAAGAUACUAAACAACUAUUAG